AUGAUUAAAAAUGCUAGUUAAAUUCUAUUAAAUUAAGACACCUCUUCAUUCUCAUACACAGACAUAAAUUAUUAGAAAAAUAAUUAGGGAAACAGCAAUGCAUAUUUGAAUAGUAGUAAAAAUAGUAGUGAGUAGACAUUUGAUAACUUAAAUAUUUAUUCUGCUGCCAAUGAAAUAUCAUUACAGAAAUCACAAAUGAGUGCGAGAUUACAUAAUAUUAGAUAGAAAAGCUUGGAUUUUUAAAUGUUUCAUCAGAAUAGCCCCUAGGUUGGUCUUUCUAUUAACAGCGAGAGACUUUCUUUUCAAAAUAAUACUUUAUAAUAUGGAUACUGCUCAAAGCAUCCCAAUAGAAAGGCUAAAUACUAUGUUAGUGAAGAUUCAACUAAUCUUUUUUGCUCAAAAUGUGCUCUUGGAAGUGCAUUAAAAGGUAAAAAAAUUGAAUAAGUGUUUGCUUCUGAAGAAAAGUUUCGAAAAGCAGAAACAGAUACUUUUAUGAAGAAUUUAAAACUAACACAAAACAUUCUAAAUUUAAGUGAUACAGAAAAUGAAAAGGGGAAAGAAAGAGUAAAAGAAUUUUAUGAAAUAUAGCUAAAGAAAAUAAACGAAGCAUUCAACCAUGUAGAAAGCAUGUUAGUAGAAGAAAGGAAUAAAAUAGUUUAGAAAAUUCACUAAAGUAUGAAUGAAUCUCUAAAACAAAUAGAUGACUAUAAAAUGAAAAUAAAGCUUUUUAAAUUUGAGGCAAGCUAACAAGAAAGAGAUAUUUCAAAUCAUUAUGAUAACAUCAUCUCAUAAAUGGAAAAUUAACCCUUCACAGAGAUUUUAAAAAAUUAUAAUGAGAAAUUAAGUUAAAUUUAAGAUAGCUUAAACUCCAUAAAUGCAUCAAAGAUAUCUGUUGUUUAAAUUGCUGAUAAAUCUGACUUACAAAAAAUAUAAAAAAUUUUAGAAAAUUCUAUUGUUUACUUAAGUGAUUAUGAGAUGGAUAUUUUUGAAAAACAAAUUUAUGAAGAAUACUUAAGUAUAUGUUCUUAAAUAUAAAUUAAAAAAUCAGAAAGGCCUCUAAGUUAUUAAAAUUCUAAUUCAAGUUACAUUUAGGAUUAGGUUAAGCACUAAAAAAAUAAUUCUUGUUAGUUAAACUAGUCAAAUGAUAUAACGAAACUAAUAAAACACUUUGGAGAAAGAAAGGAAUCUUAUGAAAGUUUUGAAAUAGCUAGCUAAAAUAGUUAUUUACUUAAGACGGAAUAGAGUGAUUGUGCCUCUACAAACUCUUUAAAAUAAUAAAAGCUAUUAGUAAAUCAUAUAAAUAGAAAUAAAACAAUAACUGAAUGUAAAUUUAUUCGUCCUCAAAAUAGUUAAAAUAGCAGCAGAUGCUUUGAAGUCUAAAAUACUUAAAGCAAAAGCUCCAACACAUCAAAUAGAUCCUUAUUAUCUAUUGAAUAGUAAUAGUAAUAAUAAUAUAAGAUAGAAAGUAAGAUUACUAAUGAAAAAUAAGAGAAUUAAUAAAAGUAAGAAAAUAUAAAUAAAAACAUAGUUUCAAAAUAAUAAGCACCCUACAUCAAUUUAGAAAAUAUAGAUAAAUAUAAAAGAAUUAAUUAUAAUAUGAAUCAAUCAAAUAACAGCAAUAAGUUAUAAAAAAGCUCUUCAAGCAUAGAAAAGAGGUUAGUUAAAAAGAAUAUUCCUUAAGUUAAUAUUGAUUUUAGAGUUUUAGGGACAAAUUUAACUAAUUCAUAUAAUAACUAAAAAUGA